UUUGGGUCAAAUUACAUUGUUGAUUCUCUCAGAUUACGAUGAAAGUGAAGUCCAAAACAUGAUAAGCAUGAGUAGGAUUUAGCUUUAAACGUUUGGGGUUCAUGAUUUGCAUGAGUUGGCCUAAAUUUCAAAUUCUGGGUAUCAAAAGUGCCUGAUUGAACUAUAAAUAGGAGGCCAUAGAGCCCAGUUUUAUCCACAAUCUGAAUUCCAUCUCUAGAGGAAGAAUUCAUAGAGAAUUCAAACAAUGGCCACCCUCAUUGCCCCUAUCCAAACUUCUGCUAAAGAAGAUGCAGAAUUAGUAAACAAGGCUGUCAAAGGUUGGGGGUAUGAUGAGAAGACUUUGAUCAAAAUUCUGGGUCACAGAAAUGCAUAUCAAAGGCAGCAACUCAAGCAAGCUUAUGAGGAGAUGUUCAAUGAAGAUCUUGUCAAGCGCCUUGAGUCCGAGCUCUCUGGGGACUUGGAGAAAGCAGUGUAUCGAUGGAUGUUGGACCCGGCGGAUAGAGAUGCUUUGAUUGCCAAUAUAGCUAUCAAGAAAGGGAGCCCUGACUAUCAUGUGAUCAUCGAAAUCGCUUGCGUUCUGUCUCCUGAAGAGCUCUUGGCAGUGAGAAAGGCGUACCAGAUUCGCUACAAGCGUUCAUUGGAGGAAGAAGUGGCGUCCAAUACCUCUGGUGAUAUCCGGAAGCUCUUGGUAGGCCUAGUGACUGCAUAUAGGUACAAUGGUGAUGAUGUGGAUGCAAAAUUAGCUGACAAGGAAGCUGAUAUCCUUCAUGAUGCUAUCAAAAACAAGAACUAUACUAAUGAAGAAGUUAUCAGGAUCCUGAGCACAAGGAGCAGAUACCAGCUUUUGGCAACUUUCAAUCGCUACAGAGAUGAGCAUGGCCAUUCCGUCAGUAAGGCUUUGUCGAGUCUUCGAGAGAACGAUUUCAUCAAUGCAAUGCAUACAACUAUUCAAUGCAUCAAUGACCACAAGAAGUACUAUCAAAAGGUUCUGCGCAGCUCAAUGGAAGGGUUUGGGACGGACGAGGAUGCGCUUACUCGUGUGAUAGUUACGAGGGCAGAGAAGGACUUGAAAGACAUCAAGGAGCUUUAUUUCAGGAAAAAUAGUGUGUCUCUUGAUCAUGAUGUGGCCAAGGAUACCUCUGGAGAUUACGAGGCGUUCCUCCUCACUCUUCUAGGAAAGGAGGACUGAAAUUCCGUCAAGAACAAUCUGAAAUCUAUGUUACAGAAUGUUGUAUUUUGUUUUCCUUCUGUUUUGUGUUUCCUAUGUGUCUGGUCUUAAAGUUUCUGAGAGUGUGUGAUUUCUGUUCCAAUCUCUAAUAAGAGU